AUGGAAUGUUCUUCAGCGCCUUUUAAAAAAACAGGAUGUAACUUUUUGAGAGCUUUGCCCUUUAGAAAUAGCACAAGUCUGUUUAAUUUUUAUGUACCUGUAGCAGAGUACCUUGAUGAAAGUCCGAUACAGUUUGGACAAAUCAGCACCAUCCAGAGCUCCAGCGCUCUCUCAUCUCAGGACUCCUUCCUGCCAUGCCUCUCUUUACCCAUAAGCCCUCCUCACGCUUCCUCCCAGCCUGUCCCUCUACCUUUCCCCCUUUCUCAUGGAACCACCACCCUGGCUUUCAUGUUUCAGGGCGGCGUGUUGGCUGCAGCGGACACGCGCUCCAGUUGCUCCGGACUUGUGGCAUGCCCAGCCUCCCAGAAGAUCCUGCCCAUUCACAGUCACUUGGUGGGCACCACCUCGGGUACCUCAGCCGACUGCGCCCUCUGGAAGCGGAUUCUGUCUCGAGAACUGCGGCUUUACCAGCUCCGCCACGGCCGAAGGUUGUCCACAAGUGGAGCCGCCAAACUGCUUUCACACAUGCUUCACCCGUUUAAGGGCACUGAGCUGUGUGUGGCUGCCACCUUGUGUGGGUGGGAUGGAGGAGAGGCAGAUGGAGGCCGUGACGAUGGAGGAACAAAGUCUGAUCCUGGUGAUUGCACAGAAACAACAAAGAAACUGGAGAAAUCCACUAGUGUUGAAAAGGUUCCUCUGACAAAGCCAAAGACUCAGAGCUCUGCCUCAACUCUUGGUCAACAGCGAUCCAGCAGGAAGAGAAUCAGUCCGCGUGGACCCAGCCUGUUUUAUGUGUGCAGUGACGGCACCCGCCUGCAGGGAACGCUCUUCUCCGUGGGCUCGGGAUCCCCUUAUGCUUAUUCAAUUUUGGACCAAGGAGUUAAAUGGGAACUGACAGUGGAUGAGGCCACAUCAAUAGCCAGAGAGGCAGUGUACAGAGCCACACGCAGGGACGCAUACUCAGGAAACCAUGUGGACGUCUAUCACGUCUCCUCAAAGGGAUGGACUCGCAGGAACAGAGAGGAUCUGAAGGAGGAAUAUUACAGAGAGAAGGAAAGACAAGAGAGGAGGAUGAGACAGGACGUGACUUAG